UUUCUUUUUCUGUUUGGACGACGGAGCGAGCAGAUCGGCGGAGAGAUCGAUGGGGGACGCGCCGGCGGGGGUGCUGGGGCGCGCGGUGGAUGAGGUGCGCGAGGCGCUCAAUGAGCACGCAGACGUGGUGGCGGAGCUCUUCGGCCGCGUCUCCUCCGACCUCCGCCGUGGAUUCCGCCCCGCCCUCGACUCCUUCCUCGGAUUCUUCCACGCCGUCGACUGGAAGGAACCUUGGUUGAUCAGCAUGUUAAUUUUUCACGCCCUUCUGCUGCUGGUAACAAUCAUCUCAAGGAGAAAUGUCAACUUCCAACUUAUCUUGUCAGCUUUAACAUUUUCUGGUGUAUUUCUUGCUGAGAGAAUAAAUACAUUCUUAGGACAACACUGGAAGAGCUUCUCAAGCCAGAACUAUUUUGAUCCCCAAGGUCUGUUCAUUUCGGUUGUCUGGUCUGGGCCCCUCCUUUUGAUAACGAUCCUCAUUUUGGUGAACACUCUUGUCACACUCUGCCUGCUGAUGGUAAGAUGGAAAAGGGCUGAACUUAGGCACCGUGCUCGGCAGGUUCGUAACAAGGAGGAUUGAUCUCAAGCUACCUGAAAAGCUGAAACUAUAUUGUUUGGUGACACAGCAGACGAGUUGCUUCCCUUGCACUGUUGAUCUAACCGAAGGAUUUUUUGGGUGUGCUGUAGGCAUGUAGUAGUCAUUCGCUAAAAUGGUGUUUGUUUAGGGAGCAUUCCUUUUACUCUUUUGCCUGUAGGUUUAUGAAUUGCUUGUGUAUGCCACACAUUCUUGUUUUUGGAGCGAAGGCAGGAACUGAGUUACUACUGUCUUUGCUGAAAUACGUGUAAUAGGCAAAGCCAUCUUUGGUUUUGCAGCCUCCAAGGCUCCCACUGGCAUGGUUCUGCUCUUGAACUGCGGUACCCCAGAUCCCCUGAAUGGCAAGGAAUUAUGCAAUUACUCCAUUACUACUGCAUAUCCAUUUGAUUUGAUUUGA